AUGCCAUCAUCAUCAUCACCAUCAUCCUCCCUCCCCCUCCCCCCAUCCAUAACCUCCCGCUUCAUCCCAACAACCCCCUCCCUAACCACCCACAUCCUCGAAUCCAACGCCCCCACAACCACCACUCCAUCCCCCCGCAAACUCAUCCUCCUCCUCCACGGCUUCCCCGAACUCGCCUACUCCUGGCGCCACGUCCUCCCCCAACUCUCCUCCCAAGCCGGCGCGGACUACCACAUCGUCGCCCCAGACGGGCGCGGGUUCGGCCGCACAACCGGCUGGGAAAGAGAUGCCCCCAACUACACCGACUCGAACCUCACCACAUUCACCGGGCUUUCCUUAGUCCGGGACGUGGUAAGCUUAGUCCAUGCACUGGGCUACACCACCGUGGAAUGCGUAGUCGGUCAUGAUGCGGGGGCCGUGACGGCUGCUUUUUGUGCUGUCGCUAGACCGGAUAUGUUCCGGAGUGUGGUGCUGCUAAGUCAUCCGUUUCCGGGGGUUCCGUCGCCUGUUAUUCCUCAGGAGAAGGAGAAGAAGGAAGAUGAUAGUAAAGAAGGGGACAUACAAACCGACCUCAAAAACCUCGGCCUGAAACACUACAAAUGGUACUACUCCACCGAAAUCGCAAGUCCCGAGAUGGAGAAUCCCGCUCAGGGCCUCCACGAUUUCUUACGGGGAUACUUCCACCUGAAGAGUGGAUGUUGGGAAGGGAAUAAUCCCUCCAAUAUGGGAGCUAUCUCCUCGUGGACCGGGGAGCAAUUAGCCAGAAUGCCGGGGUAUUAUAUCAUGCCGGUGGGGUUGAGCAUGCCGGAGACGGUGGAGGAGAUGAUGCGGCAGGCUGAUGCGCAGGGAGUUGCGCGGAGUAAAGAGUGGCUCAGUGAUGAGGAGUUGUCGGUAUAUGUUGGAGAGUUCGCCCGUACAGGGUUCCAGGGCGCGUUGAAUUGGUAUCGGGUGAGGACGACGCCGGGGAGGCAAUAUACCUGGGAUUGGGAAGUGUUUGCCGGUAGGAGGAUUGAGAUUCCGUGUGCGUUCUGCUCCGGCGAGAGUGAUUGGGGGGUGUACCAGGAGCCGGGGGCGUUGGAGAAUAUGCGGAACGGAACGAGUUGUGGGGAUUUGAGAGAGGUGAGGUUGAUUCCUGGGGUGGGUCAUUGGGCGCCGCAGGAGAAGCCGGAGGAGGUGGUGGAGGUGAUUUUGGGGGUGGUGAGGGGGCUGUAG